UUUACUGAAGCAUGAUCAAGCUUCUGCUGCUAUUGGCUGUCGCGGCGUGCGCUUUGGCCGCACAGCAGCACCACAACCAUGUAGAUACCGGCCAUGCGAUAACAAAAUCAACAACGCUUGAGACCGGCCCUAAGCCUGCACAUGCAGUUCUGUCGGCCUCCGGCCCCGUGACCGUGACGCCGGCGGGCGCGAUCCGCGGCUCGUGGAUGGACUCGCGGCUCGGGCGUCGCUUCCAGGCCUACCGCGGCAUUCGCUACGCGCAACCUCCCGUAGGAGAGCUACGAUUCCAACCUCCAGUAGACAUGGAGAAGUAUACAUCUGAGGUGGACGCGAGCAAGGAGGGCCCGGGCUGCCCGGAGCCCGUUGCCCCCGGCGAGUAUUAUUAUGUCGACGAAGACUGUCUCCGCAUCAAUGUCUACACUCCCCAUAAUAACAGCUCGCGUAAGCUGCCGGUGGUUGUAUUCAUUCACCCUGGCGGUUACUACUCAUUUUCGGGUCGCUCUGACCUCUUGGGCCCCCACUACCUGAUGGACAGAGAUCUAGUACUUGUCGUAAUCAACUACAGACUGGCCUCACUUGGUUUUUUGAGCACUGGUGAUUCCGUGGCACCUGGCAACAACGGCUUUAAGGACCAGGUGUCAGCGCUGCGCUGGGUGCAGCGCAACGUGGCGGCAUUUGGCGGCGACCCGGGCAAAGUUACCAUAACGGGAUGCAGCGCUGGCUCAUCUAGCGUGGUUUUGCACAUGAUUUCGCCCAUGUCUAAAGACCUAUUUCAUCGAGGAAUUGCGAUGUCCUGGUCACCCAUGGGCAAGGAACCACUACCGUCGCACCAGCUAGACUUGGCGCAGAAGCAGGCGCGUUUUCUGAACUGUCCCACCAACUCGUCGCGCGCCAUCGUCGAUUGCCUGAAAACCAAACCUUGGCAGGAAUUCGGCAAUUCGCUUGAGACUUUCUGGGAUAAAUUCGGCUUUGGCUACGAUCCCAUCAGCUUCUGGACUCCAGUGGUUGAGCCGGACGUGGGGCAGCCGCGUUUCUUGUCCGUGCAGCCUGACGAGGCCGUGCGGAGAGGCCACUUCAAUGCUGUGCCGCUGCUCGUCAGCCAGACUGAGGACGAAUUCUUCUGGAAGGCGUUUUAUGUGACUAGAAACAAGACUUUACGCGAACGUAUGAACGCAGAAUGGGAAAAAGUGGCGCCCCUUUCUUUCAAUCUGCCCGAAAAGAACUCGGCGGCGGCCAGCCGUCGGCUCAAGGAGGUUUACAUGGGUGGGAAGCCGAUUGAAGACACUCCUGAAAGUAACAAGGCACUUGGGAAGUUGUAUGGAGAUAGCUGGAUUGGGCUUAAUGCUCACAGGUUAGCAAACCUGAUGUGCCGUCACUCCCCACAACCGGUGUGGUACAGUGUCUUCAGCUACAUCGGCAACAACAGCUUCUACGAGGAUCCAGUUACCGGCAAGCCUGCUGGCGCGGCGCACCACGAUGACUUGAUCUACCUGUUCUCCAUGAGUUACUUCCGAACUCCGAUCAAGGCGCGUUCGCCGCCGCCGCCCGCGCCGCAGGACCAUCUCAUGGUGGAGCGCAUGACCGCCAUCUGGUACACCUUCGCCAAACACGGCAAUCCAAAUCCUCGUAAAGGCGAGUUGCCGGAGCUGUGCUCGCUGCACUGGCCAGCCAUGAAGCCCGAGGACAGGAAGUACCUGAAGGUGGACCAGCAGUUCUCCGUGCACGAGAAACUGCACGAGAACCGGCUGCGAGUCUGGGACGAGCUCUACCCCAUGCAGUUUUGAUCUCACAAUAUUUUAGGAAGA